CUAGUGGAACUGUAGAUAGCAAUGGAUACUUUCUGUGAAAAUUUUUGUGAAUCCUUUAUAAUGUAAAAUUGUUUGGAAAUUGGACUAAUUGAUAAAGUACAGAAUAAGUAAUUUUAUGUUUGUGAAAGAGCACAAUAAAUGUCCUUGUGAGAGAAAUUAAAUAGUUCGAUGGGAAUUAUUAAGCUUAAAGACUUAAAGUUUCAAAGGAAUUAAAUUAUAUUGGAUAAAUCUGAUUACAAUGGCAGACCUAGACUUUGAUACAAAUCCGAGAUACCAGCAGAAUGGUCUCCCUGAUGCUGUGAAGAUGAACCAGCUGCAGAAUUUACUGCACGAUGCCCUGAUAUCUACGGAACACGUUCAGCAGUGUGCAAUCGUCAGACGCAAGGAUUGUUCAGUCAGAGCCAAUUCAGUUGGCUUUAAUUUGUACCAAGAUCAGGUUCAAUUACUUCUAGAUGCAUUUAAAAAUCCUCCACAGACUAGAGAGGAAGGUAUUUACUUCGAUGACAGACAGUACAGAUGUGUUCGUGCAGAUAAAACUUCUAUAUAUGGCAAAUGUGAGAAUCGAGGGUUGAUACUUGUAAAGACCCUGACCUUGUUACUGAUAGCAACCUACACAGAUUCCAUGUUUCCUAGUGUUUGUGUGGAAGCAGUAGAAAAACUAGCUGACUAUUUCAAGGAGAAAGGGAAAUGAUGAUAUUACCUAACACAUUCCUAGAUCACAAACAUUGUACUUUAUCACAGACAUUUUUAAUUUCCAAAACAGAAGUGUUUCACAGUGCCUGAACACACUUCAAAAUGACAGAAACAAGCAUUCGUGAUGAGCUUCGAGUGUGCUGGUAGUUUUAUAGUGAAAUGUUGGAUGGGAACUUUUCGAAAGCAGUCAAAGUGUGAUGGAAAUAACUACAAGAAGACAAUUUGAAAGACAAUUUUUAUAUCUUUUCUCUUACAUUUCAUUUUAUUGUGAAAAACAAUAUAUUUACCAGUUUUACAUAAGUCAAACUUUGUGCUAUAGACUGCCUCCAAAUAAAAACCAAUUUUAUAAUUCUGUGAAUAAGAGGCAAUAUUUACCUGUAUUGAGAGACCACCCAUCAACAAAGACUACUUUUGUCAUUUUGCUAGAGUGAUCUAUGCAGACAUGUUUGACUGCACAACUGUUUUGGUCUAAACUGGUUUAUUUAAAAGUAUAGGUUACUCAUUUUCAUAUAAUAAUUGAGCCGCGCCAUGAGAAAAGCAACAUAGUGGCUUUGCGACCAGCAUGACCCCAGACCAGCCUGCGCAUCCGUGCAGCCUGGUCAGGAUCCAUGCUGUUCGCUAACAGUCUCUCCAAUUCCAAUAGGCUUUAAAAGCGAACAGCUUAGAUCCUGACUAGACUAAGCGGAUGCACAGGCUGGUUUGGAUCCAUGCUGGUCGCAAACCCACUAUGUUUGUUUUCUUAUGGCACAGCUCAUAUUAUAUGGGCCGUUCCAUGAGAAAACCUGUAUUAAUGACAUAAUGUAAUUAUUGCAUAAUAAGUAGUUUAAAAUCCUGGAAAAUCACUGUUUUUUAUGUUCAUGCAAAAAACUGGAAACAAGUAUAUUGUAAUACAGUAAACUAACAGAAAUCAAAUUCUACCAUAUUUUACAAAUAAGUGUUAUUUGUGCUGUCGUGGCAACAGAAAUUGUUAAACACCCAUUCGUCAUAUGUAUAUAAAAGUCCUGUGAUGAAACCAAAAAUAUAUGGUUAAGUUAUUUUUCAAUAAAAUUAUUUUAGAUUGUUCCCAAAUAUUCAAACGCAUAUGUUUAGAAAGUGACGCGCAAACUUAAUUUGUUGCAUGAAUGACUUGAAAAAUACAUGCCAUGCAUGGUGAUGUCAUACUAUUCCAUGACGUUCUAAAUAAACGUCAAAUAUCAAAAUGACUUCAGUGACUGCUUUAAAUUAUUGUAACUAUUGAAACAGUGAAGAUAAUUACUUCAAAUUUUUAGGCUUUAAAGGUAAAAGAAUAUUCUUCAUGAAUAUUGUGUAAUUUCAAUUUUUUUGUCACUAAUACAGGUUUUCUUAUGGAACAGCUCAAUAUUAUAGAAAUACAAACUGGCCAAGAAAAUAUCAGUGUAUGCUUACAUAUUAAUGAAAUGGUGAAUCAGUACUAGUUUUUUUUAUAUGUCCCAGACAUUAUUUUUUGUCCAGUAUUUUUUACUACAAGUUACAGGUAUGAUAUAGUUUGAGUAUUAUGUUGAGAUUUUUUUCAUAAUCAAAACAUUUUCAAACAUAAUAAUAUUUUUCACAUUUAAUUAUUUCCCCAUAUUUACACAUUCAAGAUCAUUUUCUGUUAGUGCUAUAGAUUGUUAGACAUCAGACUGUAUGUGCAUACCGCAAUUGAUAUUAUGGUAAAUUAGCAAUUAUUACAGUUUAAUCAAAAGCUAAGACUAAAACUACACAUGAUUUCUUUUGCAGUAUAGUAGUUCUGUUAACACAGGUACCAUUUAUGACACGUAAUAGACGUCUGUUGAAGUUUUCACAAGGAUAACGUUGGAUUUUUUUAUGUUGCAAAUCUGUGUUGAUUUUUACAGUUUUGGCAUUUUUUGUUUUGUCAAUUGUUUUCUUACGAAUGAAGAAGAAAAUGUUGUUUUCAUAAAACUUCAAAUGUUUUGGUGCUGCUGAUAUUGUUUGGACAAUUGGUUAUCCAAAACAACAAGAUGAAAUGUUCAGGCUAUUUUAAUUUAUUUUCUUGAAAAUGGUUUACAUCCAGUUGCAUCCCUUUAUUCUAUAAUAGUAUAUAGCAAAAAAAUAUGAACUCCUUCUCUUUGUCCUCAAGCAUUAAAAUUUUUGUAGAGUAUAUUUAACCAAAGAAGCAUAAAAUACAAUUUUAUAGCUCUUUGGUAUAACACUGGUGCUUAUACUUACGGUAGCAAAAUGCAGUUAGCAGAUAAUGUGCUGGUGUAUUAGUUAUAUAGGAUUUGUGGGAAUUUCUUUUUGUGGUAUGAUGUUUUUUAUGUCUUGUGAUAUUUAAUGGACCAGUUUAAUUCUUGUUUGUUCAUUAUGUGUUGUAUUUCUCAGAUUCCGUCCAAUAAAUUAUUUACACCAUUGAA